AUGAAGAAGAGUAAACUUACAGGGAAGGGAAGCAACCAGAGUCAGAACCACAUAACGAAGGUUCAUAUUUUUUUUGCAGUUGUAAGUUUGUAACAACUUCAAAUGGUGAAGCGAAUAGGCAGAAUAA